AUGGCGAGGUAUGCGCGUAUCCUUGUGCCUGAAAAGCAUGUUAUUUGCUAAAAGGCCUAUCCAGCAACCCUUUUCGACCAGAGGAAGGAACAAAUUCACUUGAUAGCGAGUUUCUUCGAACCACUUGGUUGUAUGGCAGGCUGUUUCAGGAUUACAGUAUCGAGAAUCAAGUCCACUAUGCUCCCUGCGACCAGCAUGAGGUUGAAAGAAACGAUAUCCAACACAAUCUCCUGCAACGAGUUUUUGAGGGCCGCUUGAUCUUCCCACCUAUUGCAAGGCCCAGAAGAAUCUUAGAUUGCGGAUACGGUAAUCAAAGUAUAGAACUCCUUUUCCUAAACCGGCUAACAAAACAAAGGGACAGCGGGGUGGGCCUCUGAUGUCGCCGACCAGAAUCCAAGUUGUGAUGUAAAACAAUAGACACAAAAAAAAACUCCUAGAAAUAAGAAUGAUACUGACUUUAAAGGGAAGGUCUUAGGAAUUGAUGUUAAUCCAUGGCAACCAGAUACCGUUCCCAGCAACUUGUACCUAAAAGUUGAUGAUUUGAACAGACGGUAAGGGCUGUCAUCAAUUAUGCUUGCAGAUGGCAUAGCUAAUCAAGUCUUACCAGAUUUACCUUUGACUCUCAUAGCUUCGACCUAGUACAAUCGCGGAUGAUGGCCAGCGGAAUCCAUUCGAAUCGGUGGACCGACUAUAUGAGGGAUAUACUCAGAGUGCUCCGGCCUGGAGGAUGGUGUCAAAUGAUAGAGCUCUACUACAACGUUCAAUCUGAUAAUGGCAGUCUUACAAAUGAACAUGCAUUACGUCGCUGGAGCAGGCACUAUAUAGAGAGCCAUGCGGGCCUGAAAGAUCUUGGUGUUCCAUUCAGACUAGAAGCUAUGUUUCGGGCGGCUGGCUUCGUAGAUGUAGAGCAUCGGAUGAUCCAACUUCCAACUUGUGCUUGGCUGACCGGUAAGCCACCCGACCAACGCUUCGGAUAUCACUAAGAAUAUAGACGAGCGCAACAAUGAGAUUGGUGCUGCAAUGAGUGAGAACGUUCAGCGAAUGUUGUCAUCUUUGGCUGUCUAUCCAUUUACGGCAAAGCUCGGAAUGACGCCCGAAUACGUACAAGAUUUGGUAAAACAAGCUCGUGCUGAAGCUCGUAACCCAGGAUAUAAGGUUACUACCCCAAAAUUGAUUCCGGUUAUUUAACCAGAAUGCUGACCACAAUUUAGGCUUAUUUCCCGCUGUACGUUUGUAUUGGGCGGAAGAGUCGAUCCAGGUCGAGGCGCUAG